AUGGACAAUACACACAAAUCAACUACAAAAGUUAUCAAAAGAAGAAAAGUUAGCAAGGCAUGUGCUAAUUGCAGACGAAGGAAAAUUAAAUGCACUGGAACUAAUCCAUGUACAAAUUGUGCAGCGUACAAGUGUCCAUGUGAAUACAUAGAUAAACCUAAACAAUUUCCUGAAUCCAAAUCUAAUAAUACAAAAAAUAAUACCGAUAAUAAUUCUACUCCUUCGCCUCUUUAUCCUACUACUAUUACUACUGUAAAUAGAACACCUACUACUACUAUUAGUAACGAUAGUAGUAAUAGUAAUGAUAAUAUUAUUAGUAAAACUGUAUCUGUACAGAGUAUAGCUGAAAGCAAAACAAGUGUUUCAUCUUUAUUGAGUCAUGAUAUCCAAGAUGAGGCUCCCUUACCCCAAUUCCGAAAACAGAUAUCCCAAUUACACAAUAUUAAUUCCAAUUUAGCUCCAUCACUACCAUUAUAUCAAGACACAAGCUUGAAUAGUAGUAACUCAAGGAUUGAGAUGAAUAUAUCACCGCAAUUGCAAAAGCUACAAAAUGGAUUAUCCAAUGAUUCAUCGUCCUCAAAGAACAAACAUGAUAAUAAUGAUGAUACUGUAACAAAAAAAAGAAAAAAUAAAAAACCAAAAAAAGUUUUAAAUAUAAAUGAACCACUUUUUGAAGAUAAUGGAUUAUAUUUUGAUGACUUGGAAAGUCAACCAGAAUAUAUAUCCUUAGUUGAAGCUAUCAGCCAGAUGGAGUCUAUCAAUAAUCCUAAUGAUGUUCUCAAAAAAAUUAUCAAAGAGACUAAGGAAAAACUAGACACAUUCAUACUUAGUUGGAAACCUAGCAUUGAUUUUAAUAAGUUAGACCAAUUUAAGGAUUCUAAAUCUGUUGAAACUAAGUUAAUGAAGAACAAAUAUAGAAAUAUAAUAUAUCUUGGCGAAUUUGCUUCAUUAAAUACACUUGGAAACUUUAACAUAAAAGUUGUGUCCAAUAAAAUGUCAAAUCAUACUACUGAUAAACCAGGAAAAUCUGCUGAUGAGCAACCAUCGAAUCUAGAAAAUGUAAAUAAUGUGGUAAUUUUACAACAACAAAGUUUUCUUCAACACUUACCCCUUGUAGAUGAACUUUUUGGAAUGUAUUCACCCGUGGAUGCAUUAUCUCUCCGUGGUGUAGGUUCAUUAGUCCAACAAUAUGCAACUGUUAAGAAUAAGGAUACACAAGCUAAGAUGAAGGCCACUGUAUACAUUUUGUUACGAUUUUAUGAUAUGUGUUGUUUACAUCUUAAUGAAGUUGUAAUUUCUGUUGCUAAUCCUCUAGGAAAUUAUUUAGAAAGAAAUUGUAGAAAUUCUUAUAACUCAACCAUUAAUCACAGUAGAAAAGAUCUGGUUCACAUGAUAAUAAAUAAAUUUCCACAACCUUUUACCGAAGUGGUUACAGGUGUAUCAAAUGAAGAUUUAUUAAAACUUUUGGACCAUGAUUUGGAUAUGUUUAGAACUGUACUGAAGAUGUAUGAAUUGUAUAGGAUUGAAUUUGAAAAAAUGACCAUGAAGAUUGUAUCUAAAAAUUCGAAUUUAGCUCUAGCCAAAAUAGGAGCUUAUCUGGAUCAGUUAAUAAAUUUUUGUGAAUUACAAGAUCUUCUAGUGACCCUUUGUUACUCAUAUUACAAUGCCACAUUAUACCAUCUAGAUGAAUAUAAUUCACUGGACUACAUAGAACUAUUGUUAAUGUUUUUAGAUAAUCAAUUUGAAAUUGAACAUGACUAUGGGUAUGAAAAGAUUUUAUCUGUGGCAUUAGAUUCUGCCCAUAAAAUUGGUUUACAUCGCUGGGAGUAUUAUGUUAAUCUUGAUGAAGCUUUAGCUGAAAGAAGGCGUGUUGCGUGGUGGAAAUUAUACGAACACGAAAAAAUGUUUUCAAUGAAACGUGGUUUUAUGUCAGGAAUUAAUGAUGAUAAAGUAAACUGCUUAUUACCAGAACCUAUGCGACAUGUGGGAUUUGUAGACCAUGCUGAUUUUUUAUCAAGAAUGCUAACAUUUGAACCUGAUGGAGAGAUAUUUAAAAACAUGUCAGUAAAAGAUUUAAAAACUUAUGGUAAAUGUGCCAUGUCUCAAGUAUUAAGUGACCUGUAUGUUAAGGUCAUGUUUAGUGAUAAGUAUACUUCAAUCAAAAAUGUUGCAUUGCCACAAAGUAUUCGUGAAAAGUAUUUGAAUGAAAUACAUGAAUAUUAUGAAUUUACCAAGAAACGGUUAGAACGAAUUAAAAAACACACAAUAAAGCUUUUUGAAAUUGCAGCAACACCCAGGGUUGAUAUUAAUAAUGCUCUUCCAUAUGACGAUAAGUUCGAGGCAAAUGAGUAUGUGGUAUUAUAUUCGCUAUAUUCUACAUUAAUUGUAAAAUCUUGUUGCUCACUAACUAGUCGAUUGAUGCAUAAACCAAAAACAAAUAUUACAAAGAGUAGAUUAUUACAUUAUCAUAAGGAAAUACAUAAAAUAUUUAAUAGAACAUCAAAGUUUUUAAUGGAGUUAGAAAUACGUUACGAGAUGUGGAGAUUGUUUGAAUUUUAUUGCUUCACUUUUGUACUUGCAUGUCAUAGUAUGAGUGAUAAAUAUAAUUUCACUACAGAAGAUGAUAUAAUUAAUUUAUUGAAAAUUUUUAAUAGUGUGUUGGUAUUUUCAGAAGGUUUUGAUGAAUUAUGUAUGGUUAAUAAGAGUAUUAGCCAAAGUCAGACUGUAAAAAAGUACGGUCGUUCUUUUUCUUUGAUAGCAAUUUUGAUAAGAAUGUUGUUAUUACACUAUAUGGUUAAGAAUAAUGUUAAACUUGCCACUUUAAAGAAUAGAGUAGAACAUAUAUUAAAAUCAAGAAAUGAACCCACUGAUAUUGUAACAUUAAUUGAUGUCUUUAUGGAUCAUGAUUCAUAUGCGUUUAAAUUUAUACUAGCACCAGUUCAAGAAAACGGAUUUCAUUUGAAUAUGCAACAAGUAAUAAAUGGUACGUAUAGUCAUAAUUUGAAGAACACCGAGUACAUAAAUUCAAAAUUUAUUAAACAAACAAAUUCUAUUAAAAAUGACUCAAGUAUGAAUAAAGGUAGUAACCGACAAGAUUCUCAAGUUCCAAUAAAUGUAUAUCCACCGUCUGUAUUACAUGAUUCUGAGGGGAACAAGAUAUCAAUGAGAAACAACCCAACUACAUUAAAUGUAUUUAAUAAUACUAAAACAUUUGAAGGCUGUUCUCCAAAUUCAUUGAGUAAUUCCAAAGAUUUACCAAAUAAUGUAUCAGCCAUAUCCAUGAAUAAUACUACACUUUUAAAUAUGGAAAGACCACUACAGCAACUAAAUAAUAAUGUUGAUAACGUAAAAAACAAGAAUGAUAUACCGUUGCAUCCACAACAUGAUAUUAGCCAGGAUAAUAACCACCAUGAUAAUAACAAGAGUACAUAUCCCACGGCAACAACAACAAUUAAUAACACAUACAGUCAGGAUGAUAUUAUGUUUUCAAAAGUACCAAUUCCAUCUUCACAAAUAUCAAAGACUAAUUCUACAGUAAUUGCAGAACAAGAGAAUCAUAAUAAUAUAGCGACAAACAAUAAUCAACUAUUGAUGCAGCCUUCGUUGAACAGUUCGGCUUACAAUUUUGGUACAUUAGAAGAAUUUGUGAACAACACGGAUCUUAACGAUUUAUACAAAUCCCUCUGGAAUGAUAACUCAGUUGACUUUUUAUAA